AUGGCCUCUGCUGCGAAGAUAGACGACGAGGACACAUUGCUUCACAACAAGCCUCAGUAUGAUAUCUCUGAUGACUCCGGGGACUCUGAUAUCGAAUUGGAUGAGCUGGGGGAUGUCGGCACGGAUUUGCUCGCCGGCACUCGGGAUGAACCGUCCGAACAGAAGCACCGAGGCACGGAUGAGCUGGAUCACAUCUUCGCCCGGGCGCUCGCCUGGCGCGUACGCAAAAGAACCCUCAUCGUUAUUUCGGUAGUGGCGGUCCUUUUGGUGUUCGGCGCAUUGUUCGGCUGGGGAAAAUAUACACAGAAUCCUCCCGAGGGCCGGUCACCUCCAUGGUAUCCCACUCCCAAAGGAGGGACCGUUUCACAAUGGGCGGAAAGCUACGCAAAGGCUGCCAAGAUGGUCGGAAGCAUGACUUUGGCAGAAAAGGUUAACAUUACUACCGGCACCGGAUGGGCAAUGGGACUCGCGGUCGGGAAUACAGGACCAGCCAUUCACGCUGGCUUCCCGGCCUUGGCGCUGCAAGAUGGUCCCCUGGGCAUCAGAUUUGCCGACAAUUCUACCGCCUUUCCCGCAGGGAUAACAGUGGGCGCUACUUGGAACAAGGAACUGAUGUAUCUGCGUGGCCAGGCGCACGGACAAGAAGCGCGAGAGAAGGGCAUCAAUGUCCUGCUUGGCCCUUCUGUCGGCCCGCUGGGUCGCAUGCCAGCCGGUGGUCGCAAUUGGGAAGGCUUUGGACCUGAUCCAUAUCUCCAGGGCAUUGCGGCGGCAGAGACGAUCCGCGGUAUUCAAGGCGAAGGAGUCAUGGCCACCAUCAAACACUUUGUGGCGAACGAGCAGGAACAUUUCCGUCAGCCAUGGGCCUGGGGCCUGCCGCAUGCUGUGUCGUCCAACGUUGAUGAUAGAGCAAUGCACGAGCUUUACGCGUGGCCCUUUGCCAAUGCCGUCAAGGCUGGUGUUGCUAGUGUCAUGUGCUCCUACAACAUGGUCAAUAACUCCUACGCAUGCGGCAAUUCCAAAUUACUGAACGGGAUUCUGAAAGACGAGCUUGGCUUCCAAGGGUUCGUCAUGUCUGAUUGGCUUGCCCAGCAAUCUGGCGUGGCCAGCGCACUCGCAGGACUCGACAUGUCAAUGCCUGGCGAUGGAUUGGGCUGGACAGAUGGCAAGUCACUUUGGGGGCCGCACCUAUCGCGCGCCGUCCUGAAUGGCUCUCUACCAGUAUCUCGGCUAGACGAUAUGACAAUGAGAAUUGUCGCCUCGUGGUAUCAGCUCGGCCAAGACGACAAGUCCCGGUUUGACGGAAACGGCCCCAACUUCUCGUCUUGGACGAAGCACAAAAUGGGCUUCCUCAGCGACGGAAGCUCUUCCCCACAGGAAAGAGUGGAAGUGAAUAAAUAUGUCAAUGUACAGCAUAACCACUCAACUCUGGCAAAGCAAGUCGCAGUCGAAGGCACGGUGCUCCUGAAGAACUCAGGGAUCCUCCCAAUGGCCCACUCCGGGCUGCGUUCCGAGACGACGCGCAAGAGAGAGGGCAAGACCAAUAUUGGUAUUUUUGGAGAUGAUGCCGGCCCAGGGCUCGGCGCGAACUUUUGCGACGAUCGAGGUUGUAAUGAAGGGACACUCGGCUCUGGAUGGGGCAGCGGAGCUGUCGAGUUCCCUUACCUCGUGACGCCUGAGUCUGCGCUCAGGAAGGCGUUUGACUCAAGUGCUGUCAAUGUGUCGUCUUGGCUAUCGGCCAAGAAGCCAAGCAAAGAACUUCUGCAGGCAAUGGAGGUUUGCAUUGUGUUUGCCAACGCUGACGGUGGCGAAGGUUAUCUCAAGUGGACAUCAGUCGCAGGUGAUCGAAACGACUUAUUUCUGCAGAAGGAGGGAGAUGAUUUCAUCAUUGCUGUUGCCGAAGGGUGUGGCGGCGGCAAGGGCAAGACUAUUGUGGUUAUCCACUCGGUUGGGCCUGUCGUGAUGGAGCGCUGGAUUGAGCAUCCUGGCAUUGAAGCCGUUCUCUAUGCGAAUCUACCAGGGCAGGAAAGUGGCAACGCUUUGUUGGACAUCGUAUUUGGUCAUGUCUCGCCAAGCGGCAAGCUCCCUUACACUAUUGGAAAAUCUCUGGACGACUAUGGACCUGGCGGCAAAAUCAUGUAUACCCCGAAUGGUCUGGUGCCACAGCAGGACUUUACGGAAGGGCUCUACAUCGACUAUCGCCACUUCGACAAGUUUAACAUUAAGCCGCGAUUCGAAUUCGGCUUCGGACUGUCUUACACGAGCUUUAAUUACAGCAAUUUGCAAAUCACGGAAGUGAAGGCCAAGUCAAAGCUGGCAGGAGACCGACCCGCCGACGAAGCGAACCCACCGGAUCUCGGCGACAAGAUUCCGGAUGUCAGCGAAGCCAUGUUCCCAGCCGAGAUUCGCAAGCUGAAAAAGUACAUCUAUCCAUACAUUCAAUCCGAAGCGGAGAUCGAGCCGGGCGAGUAUACCUACCCCAAGGGAUACGACGUCAAGCAGCCGCCGUCGGCUGCGGGCGGCGGAGAAGGCGGCCACCCAGAGCUCUGGGAGACGCACGUAACGGUCCGCGCCGACGUUGGCAACGAAGGCGCCGUCAGCGGCAAGACCGUGCUCCAACUAUACGUGUCGUUCCCGGACACAAAGGGCGUGAGCUUCCCCGUGCGGGUGCUGCGCGGCUUCGAAAAGGUGCUGCUGGCGCUGGGCGAGUCGCGAUCGGUCGAGUUCAACCUGACGCGGAGGGACCUGAGCUACUGGGACACGACACUGCAAAACUGGGUCAUGCCCGAGGGCCAGUUUUCCAUCUCGGUGGGCGCCAGCUCGAGGGACUUGAAGCUCUCGGGUACUUGGUGA